GUCACACUAUAGUCAAUUGGUAAUCGAACAAAUAAACAAUGAAACUGUUAUACGCUGUUAUAAUCUUGGGACUAAUACAAUUGGUUGUUUUAAGGCCAUUGGAAGCCUCCACUUCAUUGAAGAAAGAACUUAUGGAACUCUUUGAAAAUAAGCAGCAAUCUUUAGUUAGGGAAUUUUGUGAAAAGACUAAAGUUUUAAGUAAAAACAUACUUCAGGAUGAAAUUGUACAACAGGCCGCCACACCUGUAAUAAGAAAGUUUAAACAACAACUAAGAGAUUUCUUACAUGAUUAUCCUUCCUUUAUACGUUAUGGUUUAAUCUAUGAUUUGGUUCUGCUAUUUGAUGGAAUAAUCCCGGAGCCCAGCAGCAAUCCGGAUAAACAAUACAUUUGGGAGUUAUUGAUAAAACAAGGUUAUGACGAAUUUUUUAUGGAUUUUCAGAAUAAAUAUGUGGAAUUUGUGCAACAACAAUUUCUGCCCAAAUUAGAGGAGUUAAAGUUAAAACUUUCCCAAAAUGAAUUGCAGCAUCAACAAGACUUUCUAGACUGGUGCAAUGAAUUAAAACAGUGCAAGGAUUAUGACUGUCACAAGAAACUUUUUGAUGCAUUGCAGACAGAAGAAACCAAUCCGAAAGAAGAGCUAUAUGACUACAUCCGUAAACAGCUUGAAUUUAUACAUAUCUUCUAUGGUAACUCAGCAAACGAUAUUGCCGCUGCCAUACUAAAGGAUCAAAAACUGUCACAACUUAAACCUGCCAUCAGACAACACUUAAUAAUUAAUAUUAAUAACUUCAUUAUGAAAUUCGAAAGCAAUCAGGAUAUUAAUGAAUUGAACUAUUUGGUCAAACAAUUCUUUGACAAUAUUUUACAGAAAUUCUAUUAUAAUACGGAUAUGCCGUCAAAGGACGCAAGACUGUUAGUGAAAAUCUUUAACAACCAUGGUUAUGCAAAAUUUUUAUCCAAAUACCGCACAAAAUUCAAUAAUUUUAUGGAGAAGCGCCUUUUUAAGAAAUUUAAAGAAUAUAAAAACACUCUUAAUCGCCAAGAGUUGAGAAAAGAAAAGACCUUAAUAAAAUGCUUUGUUAACUUAAAAGCAUUAAACAAUUUCUUUGAUAGAUAUGAUAAAUUUCAACAAUGUUUUGCUAUACUACAAAAGGAAUUUGAAAUAAAAACUAUUUAAACAUA